AGGUCCUGCAGAAAACUGAGCUCCCUCUCAUUCCUCAGCAGUUUGAAAACUUCUCCUCGAGUGGAAGAGAAAAACUUCUCUCACCAACUUUUAUCAUCUUUCUGCAAAACCGCGUCUUAAUUUCGGCACAGCAACAAAACGGGUGGGAGCAGCAGAGGAUCAUUUUACAAAAACCAGUCCGUCCCAUUCAAAAGGCAUCUCUGCUAAAAUUGCGCAAGAGAAGGUGAUAUCGAUAUCAAGGCUCGAGUGGAACAGCACUGAUUUGGAUUUGUGAAAGAAGGAGGAAGAUGUCCAAACCUAAUUACUCCGGGACGUUUCAUAUGGUGGAGCAGGACAACAUGGACGAAUACCUUGCAGCUUUAGAUAUUAAUUUUGCCUUGAGGAAGAUCGUGUGCCUGCUGAAACCCACCAAAGAGAUCACCCACGAUCCGGCCACAGGGGCCAUGAAAAUCCGCACCCUCACCACCUUCAAGAACUUCAUCAUGGACUUCAUCAUCGGAGAGGAGUUCACUGAAGACCUGGGGCCUGUGGACGGCCGUACCUGUCAGACCACGGUGAGCUGGGAAGGAGACACACUGGUGUGUGUGCAGCGAGGAGAGAAAGAGGGACGGGGCUGGACUCACUGGCUGGAAGGAGACAAGCUGCAUUUGGAGAUGAGAGUGGAAGGAAUCGUUGCCAAACAAGUCUUCAAAAAGGCCAAGUGAAGUCGCUCCUCGUUCGAAAAGCAGUCGGUACGAGAACGGAAUUGUGUUUGUAGCAUUUUUAUUAUAAUCUGUGACGUGCUGAAAGGUCGUAAUGACACUAAGAGACUGUUCUGACCGCGGUGUUUGACCGUAACGGAGAGUA